CUUCGUUGUUUUCCUCUUUUGUGUCUGGAGUUGCGAAAAUAAUUUAAUUAACCGAUUUUCAGGGCAAUAGUAAUGGCAACUGUGCGCAUACCUAAGCAAAAGGUGAUCCUCUGCGGCGACUAUGGCGUUGGCAAGAGUUCGCUGUUUCGCCGCUUCACCAACAACACAUUCGUGACGGAGACGGACCGAAAAUCCACACUGGGAUUGGAUCACAUUGAUCGGGAGUACGAUGUGGGCGAUAAGCAGAUUAAGCUCCAACUGUGGGACACUGGCGGCAUGGAGCGUGUGGCUUCUGUGACCUCUUCGUACUACAAAUUUGCAGAGGGAGCCAUUCUGGUGUUCGCUCUGGACAAUGCUGCCUCCUUUCACUCACUCUCGCAGCACUUACUGGACAUUGUCACAUAUGCGGAGAAUGCAAAGAUCUUCAUUUGCGGCAACAAGAGCGACCUGGAGGGCCGCGAGCCGGAGGUCAGUGACGAGGAGGUGGAAGCCUUUUGCGAGCAGUGCCACUCGCUGAUCAGCGCCACCUACAAGACAUCCUGUCGCACUGGGGCGGGUGUGGAGGAAAUGUUUCGCGACAUUUCGCGUCAGCUGGUGCACGCCAAUCGCUCCAAAAUGGAGCUGCAGGCGCUCGAGCAGAAGAGCUUCAAAAUUGACACCGCCUGCGAUCCGACCAUCAACGAGGAGGCCUCCUCCUGCAGCUGCUAGCAGUUGGGGAACAUUGAGUUUGGUUAAAGC